AUGCCGGCGUCAAUGCGGACGGCGUGCGCGUUCAGCUGUUCCCCGAUGAAGGCUGCGCGGGUGGGCGCGCGGAAGGUUGCACGGCCAAACUCCCUGCAGAUCGGCGUGCGCCGUCUCCCCUCCCCUGCCGUCGGCCCCCCCGCGCUCCGCGAGGAUCCCCGCGGGCGCGCGCGAAGCCUCGGCGUGGUUGCGGGUGGCGGCAGGGGUGGCGGAAAUGGCGUGUCCACCCUCUCGCCGCGUCCACGUGGCAACAGCUUAUUGGCUUCGCCGCUUGACGUCAGCACGAUCAAACCCGGUGCGCUUCAAACGAAUGGAUUGUCGUCGCCACGUCAGCUUGACGGCAGCGGGUAUGUAACGCCACCUCAGCAUGACGUCAUCGACUGGGACAGCGCGAGCGGCGGAAGCGGCGGGAUGCCUUUCGGGGAGGAGAAUCUUGUCGCAGCAGCGGCGGCGGCGGCGGCGACGGUUGCGGCGGCCAAUGCUGGUGACGACAUUCCUUCUAGCGCGUAUUACGGUGCCACUGACGCAGCUUCUGCUUCUGCUGCUGCGCCCAACGGAUACGUACCCGCUCCCACGACACUGCCGGCGCGAAGGCCUAGUAUCGGUUCGCGCCAUAACGUAUCAUUAAACGCGCUGAAACACGUCCCGCAACUGCAGCAACCGCAACAGCAGCAGCAACAGCCUCACGACACGCACGAGCAGCAGCACCGUAUUCAUCGCUCCAUUUCGCUCGGCGCUGCUGCGUUGGCAGCUGCUGAUUGGCUGCGUUCCCCCGCGGGGGCAGCUCGGCGCGGAAGCGGCUCCCCUUCCGCCGUGCAUCCACUCCCGCCGCCCCGCACCACCACCAUCGGCGUCACUGGCGCAGGCGCGGCAGCGGGAGACCAGCGCGCGGAAGCUCUGGGCGGAGGGGCGCGCGGAAAUGCGGCGGAGGAAGGGUAUGACGAGGCGAUGGCGGAAGGGACGGGGGAUGUUCUGCGGAGCCGCGUCCGCCGCGCCUAUAACGCGGACGACAGCAAUGAUAACGACGAUGGCCCCGUUAUAAUGACGUGCAGGCUGUUUCCGAGAAGGAGCACGUCGCGUACGUCUCUUAACGGAGGUGGCAGUAGCGCGGACAGCGUGAGCGGAGGGAGCGUGCGUGAAGGGAAAGACGACACGUACAGCAGGAAACCGAAACGAAGCAUCUCUUGGGGGGGAUGGAUGAAAGCAGGGGGAAGCGGAGGGGGAAAGGAAGCAGAGAAAGGGGGAGGAGGAGCAGCGAAGGCUGGUGUGGUUGGGACGUUUGGUGUAACAAGCAACAAUGGGGGGGAAAGGAGUGGAUAUAAGCCUGACCCUCAGCAAAAACUGAUACCCAGUGGGCGGAGUGAAGAGGUCCUUAACGCGUACAAGGCCCUGACUCAGCUAUCCGCCACGUGGAACCAGCUCAACGCCGGUAAUGACGUCACACCUAGUGCUGCUGGCGUCACGGUACCGCCCACCCCUGCUCCUGGUGCUGCUGCUGCCGAGGCUGCUGCUCUCGCCGAAGCAAGUGCCCGAGCCUGCCGGCUAGCCUUGGCAGCGGAGACCGAAGCAGCAGUGAGCUUCUCUCAAGCUAUAAGCUUUGCAGGCUCGAAUCAGGAAGGACUUAGAGGCACACAACAAGAGGAGAAGGAGGGAGGAGCGGUGGUGGGGGGGAAACAGCGGCAGCAAGAGCAACGGGAGCGAGUGCUCGGGGAAUACCAGCUGGAAGACGAACGGAGAGCAGCAGAAGCAGCAAAGGGAGCAGCAGAAGCAGCAAAGCGAGCCGCAACUCGUUUUUCAGCAGCAGCAGCGGUGGCAGCGGCAAAGGGAGCGCGGUUGGAGGCGGUGGAGAGCGCUGUGAGGGCAGCGAGAGCGGCAGUGGAGCAGGGGGCGUUGGAGGGUGCGAAUGUGGCGACUCUGGUGGGGCACUACAAUUCCCUGCUGCGGCUGCAAGAGCAGAUGGAACGGCAAGAGAAGGCAGAACGCCAAGGGGAGGGAGAGAUGAAGGAGAAGGGAGGGGUGGAGGAGAAGGGAGGGGUGGAAGAGGGGGGAGAGGAGGAGGAGGGAGUUGAAGCCCCACAGCUGCAGCAGCAGAUGGAGCGACUGCAGCAUCAAGAGAAGAAUGACAGUAAGGCGGCGAGCCAACAGCAGCAGAGGCAGCAGCUGCAGGGGCAGCACAGUCAAGGGCGCGUGCGCAGUGGCGAAGAGAGAGGGCGCAAUGAGGAAGUGAGAGGGAACAGUCAGGCCCUUCCUCGCCGGUCCCGCUCGCUCACUGUCGCCAACUCAGCAUCUGCAUCUUUCAAGGGACGGCCGGGAUCGUCAGCACAUGCAGCAGAGCAAAACCCGCUCCGCUCUCUCCUCCACGCGAGGCCACCAUCGCCAACAGCAGCCGCACCGGGCUGCACCAUCCAGCACCGCAUUCAACCGGGUUUGACCGCUGCACGGUCAGUGGCAGCAGCCACGGCAGCACAGCCAGCAGCGUCGGCAUCGGAAUUAUCAGCGUCAGCUGUCGGCACUGUCAGUGCCACUGUCAGCGCCAGCCUUGCUGCCAGCCUGGCUGCCAGCUUGGACUCGAGGAGGCCAGGGGAGGAGGGGAGUGAGUGCGCCUCUCACAGCUGCUCCGUGGGUUGUGGCGAGGCACAGGGGCGUGAGGGGAGUGAGUGUGAUUGCCUGGGUUAUGAUGGGGAGGGCAGGGGGAGUGAGGGGUGUGGAGAGGAGGUUUUGGGGGGGGGGUGGGCGGAGUCUAGAGUGGGAGGUUUCAGAGAGGGUGAGAGAGAGAGGGAGGAGGAGGAGGAGGAGGAGGAGGAGGAGGAGGAGGAGGAGGAGGAGGAGGAGGAGGAGGAGGAGGAGGAGGAGGAGGAGGAGGAGAGGAGGGAAGAGGAGCAAGAGGGGAUGGAAGAGGAAGAUGAGGAGAGGGAAGGUGAGGAGGAGCAGCAUGACUACAUUAUGACGCUGGACCAACACCACACAGAAGCCAUUUCUCAUACUGAUGUUGAGGGCUUGAUCGGAGGAACCCUAAGCCCUCUCACGUAUGCUGUGGCUAACUUGCCCAUUCAGCAGCAGCAGCUGCUGUGGCUGGAUCAGUUGCAGCAGCAGGAGCAGCAGCAGCAGCAGCUGCAAGAGCAGGGAAUGCUGCCUUUACCAUCAGGUGCACUGGACUACCCUACUCAUUCCACCAACCCGUUUCUUGAGGUGAUUGGAGAGGAGGUGGUUAAAGAGAGGGUGGAAAAAUCAGAUGGGUACGAGGGGGUUCAGGCGGGAAAUGCUGCAACAGUCACCAGUAACGCACCGCCCGCGACGUCGCCUAGCGAUGAGGCGAUUGUUACUCAGCGACGUUCCCUUCCAGUCACCCCAGAGGAAGAGAACGACGCGAGCCGGAAGGAAGGGACAAUCCAGAAGGGUGAGUCGGGUAUCGGCGAGUCGCUGAGCGCCACGUGGCAUCGCAACCGCCUGCACGUGCUGGACGCGCCCACGAAUGGCGCCCGAACCGAGUUGAGAUUUUCAGAAGUGACUUCACGUGAUUCGCCAAGUCUUGACCAGCUUGACCCUGUUGACCACAUGGAACCAUCUACGCGCAAUCAACUCGCAAGCGAUGGCCUGGCGGCUGGGAUCGCGUCUCGCGAGCUGACGCAAGGAAAGGUCGCCGGAUCGAAUCUGGGUGGCGCAAACUUGGUUGCUGAGGGAGCAGCAAUGGAGGAGAAGGACGAGAAAAGGGCGGUGGGGGAAACACAGGAGGAGGCUCUGUACCGGCAGCAGAAGGAGCAGCAGGAGCAGGAGGAGCGGGAGGUGGGGGGGGCGGGAAGCGAGCUGCUGCCUGUGCGGGACGCGUGCGUGUUUGACGUCGCGCGGGGCCAGUUUGUGGUCGUCGAACAAGCGACACGUACACGGGGCUUCCGUUUCACCGCUGCCGACGCGUGGCGCCCCGCAACGGGCGGUUGCGACGACGGAGACCUUCGCACGCGCGACGAGUGCGACUGGAACGGCGCGUCGUUUACCAUCGCACACGGCGGAGCGAUCGAAGCGGAGAUCGACGGGGCAACUGUGGAAGACCCUGUAUGGCCCUGUGCGCCCUUCCCCCGUUGCCUGUUCUCCGCCGCCGCUUGCGCGCACACCAUGAUUGCGGGAGAUGUCGCGACGCCUGAGAAGCACGUAGCCGCGGCCUCUACGGCUUCCGCUAGUGACGCCCGCGCAGCCUUCACCGCCUCUACCGCCGCCGCUACUGCUGCCGAGAAGCGCGCGGCGGCGUUCCGAAGGAGCGCGGGUGGCGCUCUCCACAUGCGGUCUCUGGGGAGCUUCUUCCCCGGUGGGGAGGAGGUUGUGGGGGCAAACGGCGGAGGGGGAAGCGGAAGCGGAAGCGGAGGAGGGGCAGGAAGUCCGUUUUCUGGGGGUGGGCAGGCUUGGGUUAAGCAACACGAGGGCGUUGGGGGUGGAGAAAGCGAGGGAAAUGGCGGAGAUAAGAGGAACAAGGGCAACGGUGGGAAUGGGGGAAUGAAGAGCGCAGUGGUCGCAGGGGAUGGGAUGAAGGCGCGGGCGCAAGUCGGGAGUGGAAUGGCGGGAAUGGCUAAGGACGGGGAAGGGAGUGCGGCGAAUGUGGAAGGGAGUGAGAACGAGUUCAAGCGGGCGAUGGGCAGCCCCGGGUAUUUCAGCGUGACGCGGUUCGGCGCGCAGACGAACGGAUGGGCGGACGCGUCGGGGCCUUUCAGGCGCGCAUUCGCCGCGGCGUGCGGGUACGGCGCGCGGACGAGGCAGCGAGCCAUGGUGCACGUGCCCGGAAACGCGGUGUUUCGGAUAUUCCCGAUGGAGAUCCAAGGGCCGUGCGGCGCUGGAAUGAUUGUUCGGAUUGAUGGGGCGAUUCAAGCGUUUUUCAACACGGCGGCGUAUCCGCGACCCGAGAGCAGCAAGACGUGGGCGAUGCUUGGUUUUGACGGGAUUGAUAAUCUCGUCGUCGCGGGGAGGGGCUAUUUGGACGGCUCGGGGCGCGCGUGGUGGGGCAAAGGGAAGCGCCCCAUGCUCAUGCAUUUCUCGGAUUGCCGAAACUUGCUUAUAUCGGGGAUCACCUACAGGAAUCCGGGCAAGAUCCACCUGAAGGUGAAGGCAAGCACGGGUGUGAUGAUCCGGGGGGUGCGCACACUGGCUCCUUGGAACAGCCCCAACACGGACAGCAUCAGCAUCAGCUCAUCUUCUAAUGUGGUUGUCAAGGACUCGAGACUCGAAUCAGGCGAUGAUGGUGUGGCAAUAGUGGGCAUGACUCGCAACGUGCUUGUGGAGAAUAUCACAUGCAUCAACGGCCAUGGCAUCAGCAUUGGAAGCCUGGGAGCUGAAGGGGCUCUGGGGUGCAUCCAGGGUGUGACUAUACGUGACGUGACCUUCCGGGGCUCUAACAACGGCCUGCGCAUCAAGACGUACCAAGGAGGCGUGGGACUGGUGUCCAAUGUCUCGUACGAGAAUGUGCAAAUGACAGAUGUUACAUAUCCUAUCGUCAUUAACCAGUUCUAUUGUGAUACCAAGAAUGUAGACGCUUCAAAAUGUGUGCCACAGCAAAACGCUGUUGCCAUCCAAGACAUCUCCUACAACAAUAUCAGAGCAUCUUGUAAUGGAACAGAUGGUAUUACCGUCAGCUGCAGCACCACUGUUCCUUGCCGAGACAUCACCCUCACAAAUGUCCGAAUUGUUCCAUCGGACCCCGACAAAACCCUAACUCCGUCAUACACGAACGCGUACGGAAGUUCAGGGGGGAAUGUGUUCCCUCAACCAGCAGCCCCAUUGUACGCGCUAAGGGCCGGAUUACCAGAUGAGCUAAUUCGCUUGGUACGGGAGUUCGGCGGCAAGACCGAGUUGGGCAGCGCACCUGUUGAUGGCGGAGCAAGAGCGGUCACCCGAAUUCCUGCAGGCACAGCAGCGGCAUACAUACGAGUGAAGGAGUUCUACCUUCAGCGUGGAUUGUGUAACCGGAUGGCACUCUCUGAGGAGCUCUCUUCAUUGAAGAUGAAAGAGGGGGAGGGGGUGGCUGCAUACUGGGCGCGUGCCGAGGACUUGAGGUCCAAGUACUUGGCUGCAGGAGGAAAGGAGGAGGUUGAGGAGUGGAUGAUGAGGGUACUCAAAGGACUACCUCCUCACUUUGAGAUGCUGAAGGUGGUGUUGAACAACCAGUCAUCAUCGCUUACUAAGGAUCAGCUGCUUACCUCCUUGAGGAGCGAGGAGAUGCGGAUUGGUGUCGCACCAAGAUCGGAUGGUGUAGCCACAUUUGGAGCGGGUACGAAAGUGGGCAGCAGCGGCAGGGGAAAUUGGGUCAAGGGAGGAAAGCAUGGAGACAGCGGUAGCAGCAGUGACACCAACUCGGGCAGAUGGGGUCAAGGGAAAGGCAAAGCGGGAGUGCUUGAUUUCCCUUGGGGGUCCAAGGGCAUGGCUCCUCGGGGGUUGUGUCAUGGCUGUUGGGAUGAGGGACAUGCAUGGCAGCGAUGUCCUCAUCGACCUAAGGGAGGCAUUCCGGCAUUCUUAAAGCGGGGGGGUCGUGGGUCCAACGGCAAGGCACAGGUGGCGGAUGAGGAGGAGCAGGAUGACAAGGCAGAGGCAGUGGUUGGAGAAGCAGUUGCAGCAGUGGGAGAGGAGCAGCCGCGAGAGGGGUGGUGGAUUGACAGUGGGGCCAGCCACAACUUUACUCCUUAUGCAUCGGACUUCAAAAGUAAGCUUCAACCACCAGAGGUUCGGGGAGUUAGAUUGGGAGAUGGACGGGUGGUGAAAGCUGUUGGCAUGGGUGAGGUGCCAGUGGUUGGUGCUGGAGGUCAGCUGCUGAGGAUUCAAAAGGUCCACCUUGUGCCUGAGAUGCACACGCGUCUGCUGUCAGUCCCACACCUCACCUCUCGAGAUGUCAUUGUCACAUUCAAAGGCAAGAGAUGUGUCCUUCAACGGGGGGAGCGGGUGUUGGCGAUUGGAGAAAAGGAGAGGGGAAGGGACCAUGGAUUGGUGCGGAUGUUUCUUCCUCUUGCUCAGGGCACACAGGGCAGUGCUCUUGCAGCUAAGUCGUCCUCCUCAUUUUCCCCAUUGACCCUUGCCCAUCGCCGCCUUGGUCAUACCGCCCCCACAACAUUGCAACAGAUGGCUCGGGGGAACAGUGUACUGGGCUUGGAGAUUGGGGGGGGGAACACUGAUUGUUCCCCAUGUGAGCCCUGCUUAUUGGGAAAGUCGGCUCGGAAGCCGUUUCCCCAUGAGGCAUCUCGGGCACUUGGGCCUUUGGAUGAGGUCCACAUGGAUUUGUGGGGGCCGGUGCGCACACCAUCACUGGGAGGAGCGGUGUAUGUUCUCAGUCUCAUUGACGACUUCACCAGACGAGUUUGGUCGUUCCCCCUCCCCAACAAGGAAUCGGCCAUAGUUGCAAAAGUCCUUCGCCAGUGGCAUAAGGACGUGGAGUUGGAGUGUGGGCGGAAGCUGAAGGCUGUUCGCUCGGACAGGGGUGGCGAGUUCUUGGGGGAAGCUGUAAAAACAUGGAAGGCGGAGUUUGGCAUUAAAACUCAACUGAGCGUCGCAGAUACACCGCAACAGAAAGGGGUUGUGGAGAGGUGGCACAGGACGAUGGCAGAGGGGAUUCGCACAUUGUUGGUCGACAGUGGUCUCCCUGCUCGCUUGUGGGGUGAAGCAUUGAUGUGGGUUGUGUGGGUUAAGAACAGGGUCACCCACAGUGCUUUGCCUGCCUCCAUCACACCAAUGGAGGCGUGGUCCGGCCAGAAGCCGCAUGUGGGCAUGGCUCGGAUUUGGGGUUGCAUGGGGAGUGUCAUGUUGCAUGGGCAUGAGAAGGGUGGCAAGCUUGAUGCACGGGCUGUCAUGUGUGUCUGUGUUGGGGUGGACAUGGAGAGCAAGGGUUGGCGCAUGCUGGACCCUUCUAUCAUGCGCAUUCGCAUUGCUCGGGAUGUUGAUUUCCUUGAGAAUGUGAUGUGGAAGGAUUGGGACAAGGCAAAGGAAUUUGGGGAGCUUCUGCAGGAUGCAGCUGCAAUUUCCCAACUCCUCCCUCUUCCACUCUCGCCACCUUCAGCAACGGCUGACGACGUUGAGAUGCCACUUUCACCACUGCCACCGGCACCGCUGAGUGUGUCGGUGCAGCAGCAGCCCACCCCUCUACAGCACCUCAGUGGCCCCUCGGUCAUUCAGCAGAGAUCCGCUACACAGGCUACUUCCUCUUCCUCCUCCUCUGGUCAGCGCUCUAUCCCUCUCUCUACGGGUGCCCCUCCGUCACCAGCGACUACCUCCCCACCACCGGUUACGGGUUUGCAGGUGCUUGGUAUCCAGUCUGGUACAGGUGGUGAGGAGGUAGGGGGGGAUGCUGGUGUGGUUGAGGGCAUGCUAUGUUUGGCCAGGGAGGUGGAAGGUGUUGCACUGGCAGGUGUGAGCACAGGUCAAGGAGGUGCUUGCUCAGAGGUACCAGAUGAAGGAUCUAGGAAUGGUACUUGGUCAACUGAGGAAGGUGUUGCAGCUGAUGUCAAGGUGUACCAGAGUCUCAUUGGCAGCUUGAUGUAUGCUGCUGUGACCACCCGUCCUGACAUGUCUUUCACUGUCAACACCCUUGCACAGUCCUGCGUGGCACCAAGACGCAUUCACAUGCGCGCUGCACUGAGAGCACUCAGCUUGCAGCUGCAUGAGAACCUGGAGCGCAUCGGCAUGCGAGUGAUUGCUGCGAAGGCCAAGGCUUCAUUCGCUGGAGGGGUUGUAUUUUGA